GGCUUGCCGCAGGACCCGACGGGUUCCGGCUCUUCUUCUUCCUCUUCCUCCGACCUCGCGGAAUCCGACGACCGUAACGACGACGAAGACGCUCAUCAGCUCAGCCAGCUGACCAGGCACGAAGAAGAUCCUUACGAGAGUGUGGCCAGCGAGAGGUCUCUCGAGUUCCUCGCUUCCAGGGAGACUCCUUGCGAUUAUAGGAGGAGGUACGACUACACCGAGACAGCCUUAACUGACCCGGCGGUCAGCCUCCAGGACUACAGCAGCAGCAGCGCCAAUAGUCUGGACGAUCUUUGCCGAGGGCAGCGGAUGCUCGGUGACUUCAAUCGAACAGAUACUUCGAGGGAUCACUACAUGGUGCCCACACGUGACCCUCGGGAGUUCAACGAGAGGAUCCUUUCACUGUUCAAUCCUCAGUUUCUUCCUAAUUUCAACGAUAUGAUCAUGUACGUAGCCAGUCAAUACGAUACCAGACGUACCCCUCCGCCCAGGUCCAGGUCGAUGGCCGAGGGAGAGGAUAGAUUGUUCAGAAACUCGAGUUACUACCGGAAGAAACGCGUGGUCGGAGCUGGAUCGAUGUUCUUCCGGCGGGGAUUGACGUACGAGGCGCGCAAGUGACAAAGGCUGUCUCUAUUCGGAUUUAAACGGAGGAUUCAGUAUUUGGUGGAUCGUUUAAAGAUCUAUCGGACUUGAAUAGACACACAAGCGCGCUUUCGAACACUAUUUUUUUAAAGGUGUAUAUCCUUUCGAGACAGAUCUUGUGCUAGAUACGAAGUUUUCUAAACGGAAUUCGAGCGUUCUUCCUUUCCGUUUCUCAGCAGUACGGCAAUGGGAGAUUAUUAGGGGACAUUGACAACGAUGAUGGGAGGUGUGUUAUGUGAUACGAUCUGAGGAGACUGUGUUCGUAGUGGCCUGCUUAGGUGCUUAGGACUGCGGUGAUUUAAACAAGACGAAGAUUCAUGGCUCGAGGCUACGUUUCUUGAAUGGUAAUUGAUGAAGAGGAUAUAACUCAUUUGACCCCAAUCCUUUCCAUUUUAACUUCUAAAUUUUUAUUAUUUUUUAUUAUGCAACGGCGUUAGAUAAUUAGAAAGAUCUAUUUUAUGAUCUACUUAAAUAUCAAGGAUCUUUCUCCAUAGUCUGUGCUCUCUAAAAUCAAUCUAACGAGGAUAAAAAGAAUUUGUCUUGGCAGAUUAUUCUUAAAAGGACAGUACAUCAAUUUUAUUUAAACUUUAAACUAAAAAAAAUUCAUGUGGCAUAAGUAUCAUUUUGAAAUACUUUUAUGUCAUCAAAUCAUUCAAGAUUUUCAGACAUCUAAUAAUUGCAAUAAUCUAAUAUAUAAAAACAUACUUCAGUAAUCAUCAUUUAAAAUCAACGAUAGUAUCGAAAUGAUAACGAGAAAUAAUUUUAAGAUAUUUUAAGAAACGUAUAGCCUCGAGAAAAAUUGAGGUUUGAAGCAUUCGCGCGAGACGAGGCGUGCCUUCCGUAUAUUAAUUGUUGGCAAAUUUCAGAUCUUGUAAAACAGGAAACGGUGCAGGAGAUAAUAUGGCUGGUAUAGAUUCGGGCAAGUGCCUCAUUUAAUGCGUUUCGUUUAAGAAUAGAGCGAGAGUGAGAGAGAAUGAGUAUGAGAGAAACUAAAAGACUAAUGUGUAAGACUUAUCCGAGUAUUGUUGUGCACUUAUUGCCGUGCUGUGAGUAUAUUGGUUAUUAGCAAGAGAGAGAAAAACAUUAUUGAAUAAUUGAAGAAACUGUGCUGUCUUCGAGGAGCUGAUGAUGAUUUUUCUCUCUUUUUUUUAUAAUGAAACCGUCUCUCCACAGUGGAGCCUUCUUUAAUUGUUUAAAAAUGUAGUACAAACAUGUGGGAGACAUUAUUUUUAUUUUGAAAUAAGACUCCACUGUGUGAUCUGAAGACAGUUUCUUUUCGCUUGGAUAUAUUCCUUAGACACUUGAAAGAGUAUUAUCGGGAAAGUUCGGUACAGAACGGAGUGUUAAGCGUGUUUGGCAAAAAGAUGCCUUUGACAAUGGCGUAAAUCGGUCUUACUAGCGUACAAUAGCCGGGCGUGUACUUCCUUUACAGCUUAAACGCGGAUUGAGUGCCUGCCAAGUAGCGGUUAACGUUUGUCCCAGAUUUUUCAGAGAACAAAGAAGAGAUGUAGAUCGAGAGUACCUUAAGAAGGAAUGAAAUUUUGAUUUUCUAAGUUUUUUUGUUCUCUUUCUUGAUAGACAAACGUUGAACUGUUAAUAAAUCAUCACUGCCGCCCCAGAUUCUAAUAAGAACAUAGACAUCAUCGAUUUUCACUGAUUGUCAUUGAGCGUUCAGAUGGACAAUACACGAGGAUUAGACCGGUCAUGAAUCAAGAGAAAACGUAGUAUUAUUAUUAUAUAGAAACGACCAUUACGAGGCACGGUCUGAAUGGAAUGGAAAGAAAAUCCGUGUAAAUAAGUAGAAAUUGUUUUUGUUUGAUCAUUGAAAUCAUUCGUUACACGCUACUCGUCACCGCGGACAGCAGUGGUAUAUUAAUUAAUAUUUACACGUACACUUGGGUAUUCAUAAUACUUUGAGUGACGUUUCUGUAUAGGCAUUUUUGUUGUAUGUACUUUAAACUUUAAUUUGGUGCAAAGCUGAUCAUAACUGUCAUUUUGUGAUAAUUUUAUGUCAUGAAACUGUUCCAGAACUUUAGAUCACGAAAUUUGAAGAAUUGUUCGUUGCAAUCCGAAACCAGUUAUCUUGUAUUAAGAAUAUCAAUGAGUCCUUUAUACAUCUAUUUUCUUAAAGUAUUAAUCUUUAUUUUAAUGUAUCAUAAGUACCAAUUCGCAAUACUUUUAAGUUAUGAAUUCUUAUUAGAUUUUUACCUUUUACCAUAAUAAUUUUCAGUGAAUCUCAAGCUUUAAUUUGAUAUGUUAUAAACGUCAUUUAAUGAUACCUUCCUCUCAUGAAUUUAUAUGUCACUCAAAGUGAUCCACCUGUACGUGUAACCGCAUUUUCAUUGUAACACACACACACACACACAUAUAUAUAUAUAUACACACCGUAUAUACAAAAAAAACUAUACAUAUAUUUUUUUUUUAAAUAUGUAUUACGAGAAUGAGAGGGAGAGAGUGAAAGAUGAUGUUUAACAAGAGAGGCAGCUAAUUACACACUUUUCUCCGUUGGUCUUUAUGAAAGACCCGGGAUCUUUUUUUAAUUAAAAUUACGCCCAACACCUGUGUACAUCUCGUGUAUCCAAACGACGAGAAAAAAGAAAAAAAAUUGUUUAAACAAACCGGGUGUUCGGGAUAAAUAUUUUACAGAUACGAUGUUUAUAUUAUACAAAAAAAAAAGAAAAGCAUCCAACUUAGGUACCU